CAUGACAUUAAUCGGCCAUAUUUGUUGUUUACUCGUUGAAUUACGAAGUGUUUACAAAUAGGAAAUCUAACUUUUGUUCACUUUUGAAACAGAACUUGAUGCAAUUAAUCAUCUCGCAAAGAUGUUGAUGUGUGAUUUGACAUAGCUGUCGCUCGUAAACUCGUUGUUGUAUUUCCAGUGUUGAUAAAAAGGACAUGCAAAAUCUCACAAACUAUUUGUCCGUGAAAAUUUCAUCAGUGUGUGAGCUUCCGAUUUCAUUAUUCAUCUUAUCACUUGUGUGUUUUCAUUUCAACCAUAAACCACGGAUUUCUUUAAGAAGUUCGCGUUUUCUCCACCACGUUGCCAGCCAAUCGUGAUCAACAUGGGGAAUUCGUCACAGAAAGGGAGACAUGUUUCGGGAGAUGACUCUGGUCCUCAGCUGACCGCUGGCAAAUACGAUGUUGGCUCGGUCGAAAAUGACAUGUAUGGCUACUCAACACAACCACAGUAUCAAAGGUUGCAGGAUGGCCUCUUUCAGGGUAUAAGGGAUGAGAGAAGAGCACGAGCGGCUACCACCCUCAGCCAGACCGACACCCGCGAAAAAGAGGAGAAGCUAUUGCCGACUGUCUUCAAAUGGGAGUCUGGAGGCAAGGAGGUUUUUCUCUCUGGCAGCUUUAACAAUUGGAAGGGAAAAAUACCUCUCGCUAAAAGCCAUGGAGAUUUCUUCACGAUUGUCGAGCUUCCUGAGGGAGAACAUCAGUACAAGUUCUAUGUGGAUGGCACCUGGCAACACAAUAGCAACGAGCCUUCAACAGCAAACAAUCUGGGUACAUUAAAUAACUUGGUGCAGGUGAAAAGGUCGGACUUCGAAGUUUUCGAAGCCCUGGCUUUAGAUAUUAUCAAUACACCAGUGAAAAACAAGCAAACAACAGAGCUGUCAAGUUCGCCGCCGGGGGACUAUGCCCAGGAGAUCCCAGUACGAUCCGCGGGGGGCAAACAGAGCGGGCCUCCCAUACUACCUCCACACCUGCUUCAAGUCAUCCUCAACAAGGACACACCCGCUCAUUGUGAGCCUACAUUGUUACCAGAACCAAACCAUGUGAUGCUAAACCAUCUUUAUGCUCUUUCAAUUAAGGACGGUGUCAUGGUUCUUAGUGCUACUCACAGAUUCCGCAAAAAAUAUGUUACCACGCUGUUAUACAAACCAAUAUAGCUGUGAUAACCGACAUUGUACUAGCUAAAUGAAUUGUUUAGUAAAUAAAUUCCUUGUUAUAGUUAUAUAUAAGUUAAAACUAGAGUGUCUUGUGUGUUUUGUGUGUAAAUAAAUAAAUGUUAUUUUAAAACAGCAGUAUGUGAAUAUGAACUAUUUUGUAUUGUUCAUGGAUUAUUGUUAAUGGAUGUGAAUACUUAGGUAUUCCUUAUGCUUCGUAUUGAGCUUUAUUUAUUCCAUCUGAUUGUUUGAAAUAAUUUCAUAAGAUCUCAGUUUGUACAGAGACUUGAGAUAAUGUUGGUUAAGUUGUAGAGAUUUCUUAUAGGGCCAGAGAAAAAUUGUUUUCAGAUUCUUAACCCUUUAAGUUGUUUUGAAACUAUCCACCCAAAAAUUAAGCAAUUGUGAAAAGUGGUCUAAAAUCAGCGAGAUGGUGCUGAAAUUGAACAUAGCGUAUGACUUUGGUUAAGAAAAUAAUAUCUGCACAUCUGCUCCAUUUUAAAACAAAGAAUCGGAUAAGAAUCUAAAAAUAUUUUUUCUCUAGCAUAACUGGCAAGUGUCUCCUUCUACUAAUUAAUACUUGAUGAGUUCCACCGGGCCCCAAUAACUACGAUGGUACUCGACUCAAAUAUCAAUCUCAGUCUCAAUUCAUUUGACCACAUUACAGUAUGAUGUUAUUCAAAAUUGCUAAAGAGAAAAGCAUGUACAUUUUUUAAUCAUGUAAUGCUGUAAUGUGAUAAAAUAAGUUGAGAUUGAGAUUUGACUUAAGUAUUUUUGUGAUAUUGUGGCCUAGCAUUUUCCACACAUUCUGAGUUAUAAUCAUUUUUGGAUGCCGGCCAUUAUGUUGUGGUUGGGGAUAAAAAUCGAUGUUAAAGGAAGUAAAACUUUAUAUAAAUUUGGCCUAUUGUCAUAAUGAAGAUCUUUGGUUUAUACAUAUUCAUUUAAGCUUGAUUGUGCAGACAGCAGAAAGCUCAUUGGAACACCUGGAGUCUGAUCCCUGGGUAGAAACAGUACUGAGUCCAUUUUCAGAGGUCAUCUGAAGUACAAAUUUGUGUAUGAUUCAAUAGUCCAACUUGAUGUAGAGAUGGAACUUAAUGAUUUUGGUUGAGAGAGACACUAGCUAAUUAAGGGUUUUGGGGUAAAAUCAUGAGUACAAGGCUUCAAAUGCUGUAAAAAAAAUCAUGCAAUCUGCAGUUGUGCCAGUUAAUAAGUUAUAACAUAAUGUAAACAUUCGAGGUUUGAUAUUUUGUCAUCCGAGUUUUGUAUGGUUUUUGGUACAUCAUAAUGUUUUGUUAGUAAUAAUCAUUUAUAUUUUAAUUGUUUUAACAUAUGGACAUUUAUUUUUCUUGUGAAUGAUUAACCAGCAACAAUCAGAUUUCCCUCUGAAGGUUAAUUUUUCUACAUUGUUGAACACAAAUUGAACAUACUAAUCAGCUGUAGAUUUUGGAUUGAUUGUAAUUAUUACGCAGAUAAAUAAACACCAGAAAGCUUUUGUGAAUUUUACAGAUGUUGACAAUUGGGACUUAGGCAUUCUAGGAUAUCGAUCUAAAAAAAUAGAAUAGGAGUGAGAAAUUCAAAUUAGGAUUGUGCUAUAUUAUCUGUAAAUAUUCUUGCAUGGCAGUUGAAAACUGGAGCAUAUGUGAAUGAUAACUCAUUAUCCUCAAUUUUGGGAUUGCAAGUUUGGUUGCUAAAGAACUUCAGCAAACAGUUCUCCUCGUAUUUAAACCUAUCCAGCUAUUAGCUGAAGCUAUACCAAUAGCGAAACUCUACCAGAGCUCUUGACAUUUCCAUCUCACAUUAUAAAUCAAUAAAUCAAAUACUGCAGAAAGAUAAUUUAUAACCUCAAGUAAAAACUUACUUUCCAUUACAAAAAGGCACAUUUUCAAGGUCCAAACAAGAAGUUUUUCAAAUAAUCCUUGUUUUUUGCAACACACUUUUAAUAUUGCAACAUUUAUCCACCAUGUUGGUAAGCCAUGCAGAUUCCCCCAAUAAACAAUAGAAGCAUCAUAUAAUGAAAGAAAUGGCGAGAGCUCACUUGCAUGUACAAUUGUCAGAGCUUAAGGUGUGGAGUAAAAAUAAGGAAACAAUGCUCUUAUAAAUUUGAAAUCAGAGAUGUAACUUGAAUAUCAUCAAUAUAAUGACAUGAACUCCCUUUACCAACAUUGAGGAUAACCAAUCAUUUGUUGUUGUUUUUCACGUAAUUACCAUCCUUGUUGAAUACAAGUAUUAAAUCCUGAGUAUAGAAUUAUUGUUAUCAUGUUUUUUGUUAUGUUGAAUGUUUCCAUACCAUCCUAUCAGGGAUCUUAGGUCAAUAUUUUGUUGACAUCCAUCAAAGAUAGCGAACUAUGACGUAAGGUCUGUUAGUGUUAUCUGUUUAUAACGCUGCUGUUUGACAUAGAUAUCUGCAUGAUUUAGUAGCAAUGUCUGUAUGUAAACACGCAGACGAAAACACUCCAAGCUGUUUAUCAUUGAUAAAGAUUAAACCCUUUUUUUAAGGAUUGACAUUAAAUGUCAUAAUUUUAGAAGAAGUGGAGAGAAGUUGAAUUGCUAGCAUGGUCAUAAAACAAAAUGUUCAUGUAAAUAUUGAACUGUUGAUUUAAUGAAAAGUGGUAAUCUUUUGAACACGUAGUUCAUUGACCUACAUGAAAGAUAUUUGGCUGAUAAAUAAUUGAAUCAUUCUUGUCUGUAUUUUAAGGCAUUGUGUUCCAAUAACAUAUGUUAUAAGUGCAAUAUUAAUAUAGUAUGUGGUCUAAAAAACAUUCACGGCCAAGCAAAUACCCAUAAAAACAGAAGCUGCUCAAUUAGCACUAUUUAUAGUGCUUUUUUUCUAUUAGGUGGCCAAUAAAUAUAUAAACUUUAAAAUAAAUAGCAUAUGGUUUGUUAAUCCAAUUUCGUCGCUUUAAAAUUUAGUCAUCUUAGACGAACAGCCUUGACAAACAAUCUUAGACAAAUAAUGUGGCAUUGCUACAGUACACUAGGCAUAUGGUUAAUUGGAAAACGAGCUGGCUUGAUGAAAUUUUAACCACCAUAUCUGCAAAAUAUCUGCAUAUGUUUUCUGGUUUAUGCUUGGAAGUUACCCUUGUGUGAAGUGUUAAAUGGUGUGAUAUGAUACAAGAAUUGUGUAAAACUUUUUUUAUCAAUGUUCUUGUGGUUGCAUAAAAAUUGUGGGAAAUGAUAUUUUCAUUCGGGACAUGUGACAUUUUUUUCAGUUCUAUGAUAAAAAAAAUGACUAGUUGUAAACAGCCUCACUAAAGACCAUGUAAAUAAUUGUUUUAACUUGUUUAACAUAUUUCUCUGUGGUAUUUGGCACAGUAGUAUCACUAUAUGAUAUUGUUUUGUUUUAGUGGGUACAUUGUUGAUUUAUUUGUCGUGAAAGGCAGACAAGACCUCAAACAUUCUAAUGUCAAAGUAAUGAAACAGAGUUUUUGCAAGAUAUACAAAGGUUUCAUUGUUAUGAAAGACAACAGCAUUAAUAGAAGAAACUGAACAUCAUAUACCUAACAUACUGCACUACAUGUAUUGAAAGCUGAGUAUAUUGUAAGAUAUAAAGGUUGGAUGUUAUUAUUAAAGUACAUUACUGGCUAGCAUUUCUAAUGAUUAAAACCAUUAAAUGUUUCAUGUUUCACUGUUUUGUAUGGUAUACAAAGUCCAAUUUCUAUGCGAGUUCCUUGUAUUGUCUUGAUAACUAUUCUCUGAAGAAACAUAAUUUGGUUUUGUGAUAACCAUGUGGAUAUCUCCCUUUUCAUUGUUAUCUGCAUCUCAAAAGCUUCAAUAAUUGCCCUAACUAAGAACGGUAGGAGAAUAUGAAUUUUGGUAUCAUAUUUAUGAAAAACUAGACGGAUCUAUUUGUCUGAAUUAUCUUGAGAAGUGACCUCAUGAAACUUGGUAAGAUGUUUACGAAAACAAUACAAAACAAUUUGUCUAAAAAAAUCUCGAGUUGAGCCCUUAUGAAACUUGGUAUAAUAAUUAUGAAAACAAUAUGGAUCAUUUUGCCUCAAAUAAAUUUUGAGUUAUUCCCAUCACCCCAGACAGACAGACAGACAGACAGACAGACAAGCUUUGGAAUCCAGUUGUGAUGCUCUAAAUUUAAGAAUAAACGGAAUUGUAUAACAUUUCAAAUAUCAUUUGUUAGUUGUUUUGUUGUUGAUGAGGAAUGAAUGAAAUGAAUUUUCAUAUGAUGAUGUUGAGUCUUGUUUUAUAUUUAUUUGAAGUUAUAAAAUAAUGUGAAUAAUGACUAGUUUGAAACAUGCAUGUAAAGAAGGGGUGUAACUUUUUUGAGUUCUACCAGUGGUAAGCAUACAAAUGUAGCAAUGAUAUACUGGAUGCAUUAACUGAACAUGACCUCCAUUUUCUCAUAAGGUCGUUAAGUUUUGUAUGAAAAGGAAAGGCCAUGAAAAAGAAAGUAUUUUAACUGUCUGAACAGUGGUUGAAAUUAGCACAUAUGUGUUUCAGGCUUGCUUAAAUUCUGUAUUUUUAAUAGUAGGGCUUGUUAAUGUUUUUGAUGCCAAGCACUAGUGUAAGAAUUUUGGCUUUUUCAGCUAAAGUCUAAUUUCGAUGAUUGUCUGAACACUGAAAAAUGUUAACUUUAUAUUAUGCAACAAUGUUUAAUGAAGUGUAAUUGUGUAAUUCAAACAUGUUAUACAAUGUUUUUUACCGUACACACAAAAAUAUUUAUUCAUGGUGGAAGAUAUUUUGUUGACUUAUUUUUGUCAGGACCUUAUAAAUAACAUUAAAAACAUAUAAAAAAAAUAUAUAGUGAUGCUAUUGAAGACUUCACUUCAUUUUGAUUGUUACUUUAUGUUGGUUGUGUGCCUCUGAUUAUCUGACACUAAUUUCUCGAAGCAUCUUAAGCCUGACAGGUUUACACUGUGAGUAUCUUAUUUCAUUUAGGCAAAUACAUUACAUGCUUAUACUGCAUUUAACAUAACAAAAGUAUUUUGUCAUUAUUAUCCUUAAAAUCAGAUUUUUAGAAGUCUCAAUACUCUUUUAAAUGAGAAAAUUACACAAAUUAUUUCAAAACUUAGCUAAGCUGAGCUUAGCUUAACCUUGUUUUAAGUGACCCAGGUUUGUUUUGAAAAUUGGGGCAAAAACAUUUUGUGAUGAAAUGUAGACUUAUGACUAGUGUUCACUUGGAUAAAAACAACAACAUGUAUAUGUACAAGUACAUGUAUAACAUGUAACAUGUAAACUACCUGGAUUUUUUAAGGAAAAUGGAAACUAUUUUUAAGAUGGAAUUUUACAACCCUUUUUUGAAAGUUUUCUAAGAGACCAGAUUUGCUUAUAAAUGUGCAUUAGCAGUUUAAGGGUAAAGAUACUAUCACAAAGUAUUUGAUACAUCUCUCACAAGUAUUAGAGUGAUGUAAGCCAUUAUGGUAAUAUAUUUUUUUAACAAUAGUGAGGGUGGAUACAUUUUCAUUGAAUGAAAAAAGGACACUUAAUGUAUUCUCAUCUUACGCUACAGUCUUACUUGUUUUUCAAUAUCGCUCAUAUUACCAUGUUUCCUUCUUGAAAAUAAAAUUAUGUAUGAUGUAGGAUUUGGAUUGUUUACUUCUUCAAGUAGUGCCUGAAAGACUGUAGUACUGUCCCUGUACAUUCAGGUCCUUACUGCAGUCGGCAAACACUCCUUGAUUCACCAUAGAGUGCUGUAGAUCAUCGUCAGAAACUCAUGUGUGACGUUUCCAUUCCACUAAAAUAUUGUUUAUUUUCUAAGUUUACUAGGGUUGAAAUUUUACUACUGUUCGCAACUUGAUAAUAACACAGAUUUAAAACCAAAUGAAUUAUUCAAUAAAAACUUUAUUUCAUCUGAUUGAGUAAUGGCAAUGCAAAUUUUAACCUUCCAAAAUUGACCAAAUUCAAGAAAUCCAGAAAAAAUGACCCUUGUUAAAGAUCGCCCAUGGGUUUCUGAUUUUCUGAUGAUGGCUGUCGACAGAUUUUGUUCAAUGUUAACCUGUCUCUUGUAUUUCAAAGAUAUUGGUAAGUCUAGUAAAGAUUGUUGACUUGUUUGCUUUUUGCUCAUUCCUUUCCUCCGUGUGUUGGAAUCAUUGUUGCAAUGUAACGUGUUUGUAAAAUAAUGUACUAGUAUUUUAACUAUUUGAGUGGCGAAAGUGGAAGGGUUUCAAGUGGUUUUAGAUUUAAAAAGCACAUGUUUUUCUUUUCAUCCCUUCAUUUCUUGUUAGCAUUUUUAUGCUUUACCCAUCAAUUUCAAACCAUGAGAGUCUUAUAUCAAAGUGCAUCUUUUAUAAAUGGAGUUUGGAUGUUUGAUGAAAUUUAUAUUGCGUAUAUAAAACACAGUAAAAUAUAAUUUAUAAACAGUUUAGUUUUACUCAUUUGUCAAAUUACUUGUUAUAUACUGUAGUUCUUGAUACUUUCAUUUGCCAUAUGGAUUUAUAUAUGAGUGUAUCGAUGAUUGAUGUAUACAUGAUUGUAUCGAUGAUUGAUGUAUACAUAAUUGUAUCGAUGAUUGAUGUAUACAUGAUUGUAUCGAUGAUUGAUGUAUACAUGUAUACAUGAGUGAAAUUAUAAUUGGUUAAACAUGCGUGUAUUGAUAAUUGAUGUAUACAUGAGCGUAUCAAUAAUUGUUGAUUGCAUGGAGUUAUACAUAUAAAUGAUGAUAGUGAAUGAGAAGCUGUUAUAUUUUGAAUGACUGUGUUAUAUUACAUUAUAGAAUGUAUAAACAAAUGGUAAAUUAGAAUUUCUUUAUUCAAAUUUGUUAGAGAGAAUGCAUGAUAAGGUCUUUAUGCACAAUUGUAUUAACUGCAAACAGCUGAUAUUGUUCUGCACUAAGAUCUAAAAAUGCUUGGAAAUCAUAGGGCAUUUUAGUUUGUUCAUUAUUUUCUUCAAAACGUUCUUCAUGUCAACUGUAACAUAGACUGGUGUAUAGCAUUUCUCUGUGUAAAAAUGUAGACAGGACCCAAGUGUAAGAUAUUCACUGUAUAUAAGCACACAACUAAUACAUGAAGAAAGAAGGUUUUUAGUUGCACAUGUUUGUAAAGUGCUGAAAUAAAUAAAUCAUGAGUAUAUUAAUCA